AUGAAUCCGUACAGACAUAACUCGCCAAGAAGCGACGACGCCGACGAGUUCCAGUCGGAACUGAGUGAAGAAACAGAGAGUGGAGUGGAUGAUGGUGAAAGUGAAAGUGAAGAAGAUCAAAUUGUUGAAUUUGGUCAUGAGACAAUGAAGGAAGAGUUGGAGAGAUUGAGAGAAGAAAACAGAGUUUACAAGAAGAGACGAGUGACUUCGUUGUUUACAAACUCAAUAAUUAGGAUUUGCUUUCGUACGCUUUUGCUUUCAUUCCCAGCCAGAACGAACACCCUAGAGGAAUCUCUCACCAUGCCUAAGGUCAAAGGAAAGCAUCGUUUGGACAAGUACUAUCAUCUCGCUAAGGAGAUUGGAUUCCGUUCUCGAGCAUCUUACAAGCUUCUCCAGCUUGACGAGAAGCACAAUCUUCUCCACAAUUCCAAAGCCGUUCUCGAUCUCUGCGCCUUAUGA